GUUUCCAGUAUUCAGAAAUACCUCGCAAUACUAAUAUAUAUCCAGUUGUGGGUGUUGCACGGCGAUGUGAGUUACGCCUGGUGUCAGCAUACUCUUCCCAACCAUCUUUGCAGCUGAUGGCUCUCUUGGUGUACAUGAUAUCUAAAUGUAAGACUAGAGGUUUGCGGCAGGGUUGCAAGGUCCCAAAAAUGCCACAAGGAGCAUCUAUGGAGUGGUUAGGGUCGGUCUCACUGGAAAGAUCCCGUCUUCCCCCUGGAAUGCUGAAAGAGUACAAGAGUCGUUACCCAUGGUUCACUGAGGAACAUUACAUAAAGCCUCGAACUCGUCUUGCAAAUCAUCAGCGACGCCUGAGGCAUAAAUCCCUCAUUCCCAAAGUAGUUCGACUUGCUGAUCCAUUUGAAGCUCCAAAACCAAUAACUUUUGUGCCCGCCCUGGAUAGAUCGCCUAAACGCAUCAUCAGAAGUCGAUAUACAGGUUGUUGGUGCUAUUAUUCGUGUAAGCUAUGACAGAAAAAUCCUAGGAACUCCUGUGUUAUGAUAAGAAAAUGGUACUACAUUAAAAGGAAGCUGUGAAGAUGUAUGAACUUUCAGUUGAAGAAUUCUUUAACAAAGGUGAAGACAGGAUUUAAAAGCUGCUAAAGACAUGGAAAAUUAAGAUGGUUGGAUUAGUGGAACUGAAGGAAAUUUUGCUGAUGAUUCUAGCACAUUUAUUUGUUUUAACCAUUAACCAUUUGCUGAUGGUUAUUAUUUUAGAUUGAACAAUAUUGUCAGAGAAAAAACAGAUAAUACAAUGAACAUAACCCACAUGAUUUUAUGGCAUCUUGUCAUAUCCAAGCACAAUAUUUACAAACUAAGUGACAAGCUUAUAUUAAAGAUAAAUGAAUAUUUUGUGGUUUGGUGAAAAGUUGGCUAUGAUUCUUUAUAUCGGUUGCUGUUUCAGGAGCAUAAUACAAGUAUGGUUUUAUGCAGAUUUUUAAUUUAUACCCAAUUGUUGUGCAAACAUUUUACAGUAUCUGAAGUAUGAUGGACAGUCACCAGAGAAUAUCCAAUGUUAAAUUAUGCCACCCAUAUGCACAACUGUAGUUAUCGUUUAGAAAUAAAUUGUUGCAAUUAU